CUGAGCUGGGUUGUGGGAGUAAGAAGAGGCUACUUCCUACCGGCCUACUUCUCACCGGUUAGAAGCUACCGUUGAGGCUAGAACCCCGAGCGUGGUCGGUUGGAGCAAAUAUGUCUGUCCGGAGGCACAUUGGAAAUCCUGAGUAUCUGACCAAAAGGAUACCACAAAACCCAAGGUAUCAGCAUGUCAAGUCAAGACUAGACACUGGUAGCAGUAUGACUAAAUACAUUGAGAAGCUAGAAGAGAUCAAAAAAAAUUAUAGAUACAAAAAAGAUGAGCUUUUUAAGAGACUAAAAGUUACAACUUUUGCCCAGCUGGUCAUCCAAGUUGCUUCCCUAUCUGAUCAAACACUGGAAGUGACAGCUGAGGAGAUUAAAAGGCUAGAAGACAAUGAUUCUGCAACCUCAGGCCCUGAUGCUGAAAUCACUGCCAAGACCAACGGGAAAGGGAGCCCUGGGGAGCAGUCUCCAAGCCCCGUCCAGUUCAUAAACAGUGAGGGAGCCGGGGACUCCAGCCGCUCGACUCUUCAGAGCGUCAUCAGUGGCGUUGGGGAACUGGAUCUAGACAAAGGGCUUGUGAAGAAAGUAGAGCCCAGUACCAAAGACAAACCUUAUCCCGACUGCCCCUUCCUGCUACUAGAUGUGAGAGAUAGAGAUUCUUACCAGCAGUGCCACAUUGUUGGAGCUUACAGUUACCCAAUUGCAACUCUGUCUAGAACAAUGAACCCUUAUUCAAAUGAUAUUCUUGAAUAUAAAAAUGCCCAUGGCAAGAUCAUCAUUCUGUAUGACGACGAUGAGAGGCUGGCCAGCCAGGCAGCUACCACCAUGUGCGAGCGGGGAUUUGAGAACCUCUUCAUGCUUUCCGGAGGUCUAAAAGUCUUAGCUCAGAAAUUCCCAGAAGGACUGAUUACGGGUUCCCUGCCAGCAUCUUGCCAGCAGACCCUUCCGCCUGCUUCUGCCCGGAAACGAUCCGGCCCGAAAGUGCCGCCCCCAGCAGCCGAGAAUAAAUGGAGAUUUACCCCAGAAGACCUAAAGAAGAUAGAAUAUUACCUGGAAGAGGACCAGGGUCCUGCAGACAGUACUAGCCGGCUGAGCCAAGGUAAUGCUUCUGGAAGAGACUCCAAGGUUCCAGGCGCCCGCAGCGGUCAGAACCUGCCUGCCGGGGGCCCUGCCGGCCACCAGAACCCCCGCUCACUGGGCAGUGGCCACCUGCAAGGCAAACCCUGGAAGUAAAGACUUUGUCUUAGUCAAAUAAAUGUUUUCUCUCCUUUCGGAACCCCUGAGCAGUUCCCAAGUUGGUCCUUUUAAGAAGGUGCUGCAGAGGAAAGACCUCAACAUGUGUCAGGCCCCCUUUCCUCUUCCUGUCUCCAGCUCCUCUCCCACAUCCAACCCGGGAAGGAUUUUUACAAAAACCAGAGGCAUGACAGGCUCUAGU